UAUAUUAAAAAUUUGACAACUCUUGUUUUGUAUGUCGUUAUUUUGAAAGUAUAUGUUUGUUUUCUUCUUUUACUUUAUUGUGAUUUCAUAAAAAAAGUCUUCGAUAGAAAAAGCUCGUAAUGGCUCCUCGAGAGAUAGCUAGAGCAACGCCAAAAGUGCAGCGCACUAUAGUUAAAACCAACACUACAAAAGGAAGAACGACUCCAUCAUCAACAGUAAAAAAAACCAUGUCGAAUAAAAAAAUACCAACGGAGAAGAUUCCUCUUAAAAUGAAUAACAUGACUGUGGCGACGAGACAACGGACUAGCACAGUCCCAAAGGUCUCCACACCAAAGUCCAAAGAGAAUAAAUCUGUACCGAUGCCAAGCAGUGUCACAAAAAGCGCUAAAAAGGCCACUUGGAAACGUAGACCCAAGCCAGCACACUCUGGAGUACCAGUACCUGAGAAGAUGAAGAGACUGUUAGAGAAACAAUUACAAGACUCAGAUUGUAGUUUGUGAACUCAACUUUAUUUGAUCCUGACUAUAUUAUUAUAAUUGAACACAGACAACUCAACUAGAAUUGUCUGUAGAUCAAAAAUUAAAAAAAAUAAGUGUUAAAAACUGUACCAAGUUUGUUCAAAUAAGUACUUUUCAUUAAUAUAAUAACACCAAUGUUGUAUAUGUAAUGAGGGAUAGACAAUUUCAUUUUUAAAAUAUGUAUGUCCAUAGGAUAAAAAUGAGUCUUGAAACAUGUCCUACAUGUCUUUUAAUCCAGCCUGAUUAAAAUUCUCUGAUUAAAAAUCUGAUUAUUUAUUUUGUAUGUGAUAACAAAAGAAAGAUAAUUUUGUUCUGGAUGAUGCAUAUAUUUUAAAAAUUAAAUAGUUUGUCAUUUGA